AUUGUGUGCCUUUUACUCAUAUUUCCUGUUCCGAGUUUUUUUUGUUUUGUUUUCCAUUUUGUAAUUGUAAACGACAAAUCACACAAGGUAGACACUGAAGCGAAGAAUGUACGCCGCUGUGAAACCGCUCUCGAAGUAUUUGCGUCUGAAGACGGUGCGCAUCUACGAUCCGAUAUUCACGCUCCACUCCAAGUGCACCAUUGUCAUCCUGCUCACGUGCACGUUCCUUCUAUCGGCCAAGCAGUACUUCGGCGAACCAAUUCUCUGCCUCAGCGACACGAAGCACGCGGAAUAUGUGCAAUCCUAUUGCUGGACCAUGGGCACUUAUAUCUUGCCGCAGGAGCAGGAGGACAGCGAGAAGCACGCAUUGCUAAGCAUCGAACACAUUGAGGUGCCAUCAUCGUCGCCACUCAACCGAAGCAGCAUUCGCGCUUUGCUUGCCAACAAUGAGCAAUAUGCUCGCAUGUUAUCGAUUGCUGAGGGCGUCGGACCUGAGACGCGGGGCGUUACGAAGCGUCUGUAUCUGCGCUACUAUCAAUGGGUCUUUAUGAUCUUGCUCUUUCAGUCGCUGCUCUUUUACUUUCCCUCGUUCCUGUGGAAGGUGUGGGAGGGACAGCGCAUGGAGCAGCUGUGCUGUGAGAUCGGUGAUGCGCUCAUCCUCGAGGAAACCUAUCGAAUGCGUUUGCGCAUGCUCACCAAGUACUUUCGGGCGCGUUUCUCGGCCAUCCAUUGUUGUUAUGCCAUUAAGUAUGCAUUCUGCGAACUGCUUAAUCUGAUUAUAAGCGGACUCAACUUCUGGCUCAUGGACGUGAUCUUCAACGGCUUCUGGCACAAGUACAUUCACGCGCUGGCAGCGAUACCCGUCUACGACUGGAAUCUGUGGAACCUGAUGACGUCACGCGUCUUCCCCAAGGUGGCGAAGUGCGAGAUGUUCUUCUACGGUCCCAGUGGCACACCGAAUGUCCUUGACAUCCUGUGCGUGCUGCCAUUGAACAUACUGAACGAGAAACUGUUUGCGGUGCUGUACGUUUGGUUCCUGUUCAUCGCCAUGCUGGCUGCCAUCAAUAUAUUCUAUCGCCUGGUGCUCGUCUGUUGUCCAGAGUUGCGUCUGCAACUGUUGCGAACGCAUUUGCGCGGAAUGCCAAAGGCGCAUGUGCGUCAAGUGCUGUCACAUGCCGGCUACGGCGAUUGGUUUGUCCUGAUGAGUGUGAGCAUCAAUGUGAAUCCAACGUUGUUUCGCGAUCUUCUCGUUCAGCUCUACGCUGAGUACGCGGGCAUGCGAAAGGAUGCCGGAGUUGAUGAUGAUGAGGAUGAUGAUGAGGACAGCAGCACAUCGUCCACGGACACUUCACUCGGCAAUGCGACGAUGGUGCGUGGACUUAAUCUCAAGCGCACUUCACAUUUCUACAACGACAGUCAUGCCUAAUUCUCAUAAUAUGAUAGUUUUAUUAUUGUUUCUCUCGUUUGUAUUUGCCACGAACAACACGCACAAGACAAACACCAAAUGCUGCUGCAGCAGCAGCGAACAAUGGCAAAUAAAUGCGAUAAUCAAAAUGGCAAACGG